CGGUAAUUUCAGUGAUUUUCAGGGGCGUUUCGUUUCCUCUUUGACUCCCGCUCACCAAAUCCAUGCCCCCAAACUAUGUUAUUUAUUUAUUUUUAUCUUCUCCAAAAACCCUAAAAACCAGACACAAACUCUGUUCACGGAAACACCAAAAAAUAAAAAAAAAUAAAAAAAAAGCAGAAGAAAAACACUUGAAAACAGCUUUUUUCUCUUUCAAAAUUCAACUGUCACCUCGGGAUUUCACAUUUGACUGUUAAUCUUGGGCAAUCAAAUUGUAGUCAGUGGAUUCAGCUUCUUCCCCAGUAAUCUGGAUGCUAUGUGGCCUAAAUAAUUAGACCUCUUGGGUCGCUUAUGCCGCUGGGUUAUUUUUUGGCGAUGUCAUCCUGAAGUGGAAAUUUUCUUCUCAAAUAUCUGUGAAAGAAACUAAAAGGUUAUGGAGAGUUUGAAAGUUAUGGAUGCCGCUAUUGGAUCAUCCACUGAUGGUUAUGUGCAGCUUAGCAGUAAUGCUAAAGACAAUGAGAACUUGGGUGAUCAGCUUGUUGAGGAUUGGGAUUCUUAUUGGCAAGAUAUCACUGACCGGUUGACCAUAUCAAGGAUGGUAACUGACUCGGUUAUCAAGGGCAUGGUGAAUGCAGUCUCUCAAGAGGCAGCAGAGAAAAUUGCACAAAAAGAGCUAGAGGUAGCUGGGAUGAAGGAAAUGUUACACUUUUACCAUGUCGCCACAGAUGACAAUGUACCGUUGGGUUCUCUAGCAUUGCAACAUGAGUCAAAAGGUACCAAAGUCAAGAUGCAUUGUAGAUUCUCAGAGGCUGUUGUAGAGCAUGAUAGGAUGAAAGAAACUCUGAGCGGUCUUAAGAAUACAACUGAAGAGCAGUUCAAGAAACUUAAGAAAGAAGUUAACCAGAUACGAGGGUCUAGCUCCAUAAAAAAAAUUUGUUCAAGUUCUGAGUUGUUGGGAUUGGGUGGGAUAUUACAUGAAAAGGAAUCUGAAAAAGGGCAUGAAGUAGAUAGAACAUUUGCUAGUCUCAAAACUUCCUUAGACACGGUCUAUAAACAGGUGGAAGAAAUGGUUCACUCGUCCAAGGCAUCACUCUGUAAAUGGCAGAGCGAGCAAGAGUUCCAAGCAGAAAUUGAAUCAAUGGUAAUUGGGAAUUGUAUCCGUAGUCUUGAACAAGAGUUUGAAGAAAAACUUUGGGAUAAAUUUUGCGGUGAAAAAAGUAUAAACUUGCUUGGGAUGAUGAAUGAAAUUUCAAGUCUUCGUCAAGAAUUAGAUGCCAUUUCUAAAUCAUUGAUUAUUUCUGAUGUCGGGCAGCUAUCUUCUCAUGCAUCCUUCGAUGGUGAGGAAUGGAGUAAUAGUAAAAAGAGUGACCAUUUUCAUUGCAAGCUUUUAAGCAAUCAUGCGACAACUUCAUCUUCAAUUAGGGAAGAAAAUGGUAAACAUGAGGAGUCACAGACUAAUGUGCUAGAGAAUUCAGAUCCUCACCGAUUUAAGGACAUGAGUAAAGAACAAGUGAGCAGCUAUUAUUAUAAUGAGAUGUCCAAGAUGAAAAGGAAUCAUGAGUCUAAAGUGCAAGAGAUGACUGAAGAAUAUUUCAGCCUCAAGAGGGAAUUCUUGAAAGAAAGGUGGUCUUCUUUGCCGUCAAAGAAGGAUAAGGAGUUUGAUAUAUUGAGGAAAAGAAUCCCGGAGGUAAUUUUGAAAUUGGAUGGUAUUCUUACAGGAAAUGAGAAAAUACCUCUGUUUGACAACAAUGCUGAUAGUCUUUGCAGUUUGAAGAACAGAUUGGAAAUGCUCCUUGUAGAAAACCGCCAGCUCAAAGAUUUUCUUACAGAUAAGAAGAAGGAAAUUAAAGGCCUUGAAUCACAACUUUCUGAUGCCAAAUUGAAAAUAUCAACGUACUCUUCGUCCGAGGCAAAAUUGUUGAACAGAAUUGAAAAUCUUGAAGAUGUGCAAAUAGAAGCUUCAAUUGGUGAAGAUGUAUUUAAUUGUAUUGUUAGGGAAAUGAUGGGCCAAAUCAAAUGUGGUGCUGAAGAUUCAAAUUUGGAGUAUAGUGUCAUGAAAGAUAUUUUUGAAAGCACAUUCAAAGAAGCUGCUCAUAAUGCUAAACCUGCUAGCCAAUGCCAAGUUGAAGAUGCAGAUAUGCAGUCUGUCAUAAUGCAAGGAUUGUCUGAAUUUAUAUAUAGAGAAGCCUGGAAAGAUGCUGAGGAGAAACUCAAUUAUUUGAAUAUGAAAUAUAUGGUAAAAGAAGAGAAAUUAAAAUUGGAGGUUAUAGAAAAACAAAGAUUAAGGCAAGAAAUACGCUCCCUUACACGAGAAAAGGAGAAACUGGCCCAGGCUUCGGCAACUGCACUGGAAGAAAUUGAGCAAUAUAAGAUGGACAUAGGCAAGUUGAAUCAAAAGUUAAAGCAGGCAAUGAAUGAGUUAAGGGAAGUUGAUGAAGAAAAAAGAACACUUUUAGCUGAUUUGCAAAAGAAGCAGAAUGUGAUAUUGCUAUGUGACGCAAAUGAACGUGAGAUCAGGAAGCAAGUAGAAUCAGUUAUCGUUAUUGUCAAUGGAUUAGUAAAAGCUGCUGCAGAUUUUGAAUGUAGAGUAACUGACAAUAUCUUCAAGAAUUGUUUGAGGUUGAAAAAAUUGGAUACUCAAUCAUGCUUCCUUAUCCAAAAAGCUAAUAUCCUUAGAAGGACAGGGUUGCUGUACAAGCAGAGACUUGACAGGAAAUGUUCUGACCUUCAAAAGGCUGAAGCUGAGGUUGAUCUUUUGGGGGAUAAAGUUGAUGCACUUUCAAGUCUUCUUGAAAAGAUAUACAUUGCACUUGAUCAUUAUUCACCAAUACUGCAGCAUUAUCCUGGAAUUGUUGAGAUCUUGAAGCUUGUAAAAAGAGAAUUAAGUGGAGAAUCUACUCGUUCUGUGUGAUCUGCAUGUUAACACGGCUGAAGGCUACAUUAUUUUGUGAAGUGUCUAUUCUCCUGUUCUUUUUCUGCUACAGCAUUAUGGAGACAGACUUCUUGCCAAGCAAGUGGCUGCCUUCUUUGAAAAUAACUAUAGAAUACAACUAAAUACUUGCACAGUUGAACCAGGAAAAGGAUAUAACCUUACAUUACAUAUCCUGUAGAUUUUUGGUUCCCCAGGCGUAGAAAUUUGGGGGACAGAUGCUAAAUGGUUGUACCAUAUCAGUUGGGCGACUAGGAGAGGUUUGUUUUUGGUAUAGAAUCGUUUCAUAUUUCUUUAUUGUCUUGGAGUCAAGGGAAUCCCCUAUCUCCUCUGGAGUCUCAACCAGAAUUUUUUUUUUUUGUUUCCCUCCUCUCACAGUAGAAAGUUUUAUGUUGCAAUUUAUCGACUCUACUGUAUAUGUGCGUAGUUCAUACUGGAAUUUAGUUUCUUAAAUGGCAUAUCUACGGAUGCCUUUUACAAUGUCUGCUAAUGCAUUUUGUUUAUUAUAUGA